AUGAAGCGCAAUUCUCAAAAGAAAGAAGAUUUGUAUGAGAUAUUAGCCGAAUUAAAAGUUGUCAAUGAUUAAUUCUUCUAGGCCAUAUUUGAAAUGUUCAAAAGAGAAAAAGAGAAACUAAUUGAAGACUAUUUAGAAUUUCUUUCAAAAGACGAAAAUCAGAUGCUUAUAGAAUAAUAAUUUUAACAAUUCGAAAAUCAAAUUUUCAUUAAGGAAAAGUUGUUUUAAGUUAUUAAAUUUAACAUUUAGAAAAUUGCUAUAGCUGUCAAAAAGAUUAUAGAUCAUGAUUUUAAUAAGAAUAAUUAUUCCUAACAAAAGAAUCAAAUCAUUAAAAUAGAACUAAUUAAAAAAAUAUCAGAAGAUAAGAAAAUCCUUGCAUUUUUAUAAUUUCUAAUUCAUCUCACAAGUUUAGAUAGUAGAUUUAUUUAAUGUGGUUCAAAUUCACUUAAUUUGUUAGUGGAAAUGAAUGUAGAUCUGAGGGGAAAAUUUUAUUAAAAUAUUUAAAUUAAAGAUACAUCUUUAGUUGGUGCUAAUUUUGUAGGAUGUAAUUUGAGCGGAUCUCGAUUUGAAAAUGUAGAUAUUAGCGGAAUAAAUUUGAAUGGAGCGUAGUUAUUUAAUUGUAAAUGGAAUAAAAUGAAAAUUCCUGAAUUAAAUGAAAUGGAUGCUCAUAAAAGUAGUGUAAAUUCAAUAAGCUUUUCAUCUGACGGUAUUACCUUAGCAUCUGGAAGUGCAGAUUUAUCUAUCCAAUUAUGGGAUAUAAAGACAGGUCAAUAAAAAGCAAAAUUAGAUGGUCAUAGUGGUCAAGUAAAUUCAGUAUGCUUUUCACCUAAUGGUACUAUGUUAGCAUCUGGUAGUCAAGAUAAGUCAAUCCGUUUAUGGGAUAUAAAGACAGGUCAAUAAAAAUCAAAAUUAGAUGGUCAUAGUGAUCAAGUAAAUUCAGUAUGCUUUUCACUUUAUGGUACUAUGUUAGCAUCUGGCAGUGUAGAUAAGUCUAUUUGCUUAUGGGAUAUCUGUACAAGAAAAAAAAAGUUGAGAUUAAAAGGACAUAGUAACUCAGUUAUGUCGAUAUGUUUUUCUCCUGAUGGAGGUACUUUGGUAUCUGGUUGUGUUAAUUAAUCAUUAUAUUUAUGGAAUGUUAAGACUGGGCAAUUAAAAGUCAAAUUAGAUGGUCAUAGUGGUCAAAUAAAUUCAGUAUGCUUUUCACCUGAUGGUACUAUGUUAGCAUCUGGCAGUAUAGAUAAGUCUAUCAGAUUAUGGGAUGUUACGAAAAGAUAAUUACAAUAAAAAUUAGAUGGUCAUAGUGGUCAAGUAAAUUCAGUAUGCUUUUCACCUAAUGGUACUAUGUUAGCAUCUGGUAGUCAAGAUAAGUCAAUCCGUUUAUGGGAUAUAAAGACAGGUCAAUAAAAAUCAAAAUUAGAUGGUCAUAGUGAUCAAGUAAAUUCAGUAUGCUUUUCACUUUAUGGUACUAUGUUAGCAUCUGGCAGUGUAGAUAAGUCUAUUUGCUUAUGGGAUAUCUGUACAAGAAAAAAAAAGUUGAGAUUAAAAGGACAUAGUAACUCAGUUAUGUCGAUAUGUUUUUCUCCUGAUGGAGGUACUUUGGUAUCUGGUUGUGUUAAUUAAUCAUUAUAUUUAUGGAAUGUUAAGACUGGGCAAUUAAAAGUCAAAUUAGAUGGUCAUAGUGGUCAAAUAAAUUCAGUAUGCUUUUCACCUGAUGGUACUAUGUUAGCAUCUGGCAGUAUAGAUAAGUCUAUCAGAUUAUGGGAUGUUACGAAAAGAUAAUUACAAUAAAAAUUAGAUGGUCAUAGUGGUCAAGUAAAUUCAGUAUGCUUUUCACCUGAUGGUACUAUGUUAGCAUCUGGUAGUGAAGAUAAGUUAAUCCUUUUAUGGGAUGUUAAGCAAGGUCAAUAAAAAGUCAAAAUAGAUGGUCACAGUGGUCAAGUAAAUUCAGUAUGCUUUUCACCUGAUGGUACUAUGUUAGCAUCUGGUAGUGAAGAUAAGUCAAUCUGUUUAUGGGAUGUUUAAAAAAGUCUAUAAGAAGUUAAAAAAGAUGGUCAUAGUGGCUAUGUAAAUUCAAUAUGCUUUUCACCUAAUAGUACUAUGAUAGCAUCUGGUAGUGAAGAUAAGUCAAUCCGUUUAUGGGAUGUUAAUACGGGCCAAUAAAAAGCAAAAUUAGAUGGUCAUAGUGGUCAAGUAAAUUCAGUUUGCUUUUCACCUGAUGGUACUAUGUUAGCAUCUGGUAGUCAAGAUAAGUCAAUCCGUUUAUGGGAUAUAAAGACAGGUCAAUAAAAAGCAAAAUUAGAUGGUCAUAGAGGUCAAGUAAAUUCAGUAUGCUUUUCACCUGAUGGUACUAUGUUAGCUUCUGGUAGUGAUGAUAAGUUAAUCCUUUUAUGGGAUGUUAAGCAAGGUCAAUAAAAAGUCAAAAUAGAUGGUCACAGUGGUCAAGUAAAUUCAGUAUGCUUUUCACCUGAUGGUACUAUGUUAGCAUCUGGUAGUGAAGAUAAGUCAAUCUGUUUAUGGGAUGUUUAAAAAAGUCUAUAAGAAGUUAAAAAAGAUGGUCAUAGUGGCUAUGUAAAUUCAAUAUGCUUUUCACCUAAUAGUACUAUGAUAGCAUCUGGUAGUGAAGAUAAGUCAAUCCGUUUAUGGGAUGUUAAUACGGGCCAAUAAAAAGCAAAAUUAGAUGGUCAUAGUGGUCAAGUAAAUUCAGUUUGCUUUUCACCUGAUGGUACUAUGUUAGCAUCUGGUAGUCAAGAUAAGUCAAUCCGUUUAUGGGAUAUAAAGACAGGUCAAUAAAAAGCAAAAUUAGAUGGUCAUAGAGGUCAAGUAAAUUCAGUAUGCUUUUCACCUGAUGGUACUAUGUUAGCAUCUGGCAGUGUAGAUAAAUCUAUCAGAUUAUGGGAUGUUAGGACGAAUCAUUAAAAAAUCAGAUUAAAUGGUCAUAGUAGUUGGGUCCGAUCAGUAUGUUUUUCAUCUGAUGGUGUGAAAUUAGCAUCUAGUAGUGACGAUAAGUCUAUACGUUUAUGGAAUCUUACGACAGGUUAAUAAACAGCCAAAUUCGAUGGUCAUAAUACUUAUGUAAAUUCAAUAUGCUUCUCUCCUGAUAGCUCUACAUUAGCAUCUUCUAGUAAAGAUGGAUGUAUCUGUUUAUGGGAUGUUAAUACAGCACAAUAAAAAGCCAUAUUAGAUGGUCAUAAAAAAAGUGUAAAUGCAGUAUGUUUCUCUCCUGAUGGUACUACAUUAGCAUCUGGAAGUGAUGAUAAAUCUAUUCGUUUAUGGAGUAUUGGGUCAAGCAUUCGAAAAUUUAAUUUAAAUGGACAUAGUAAGUCUGUUUUUUCUUUAUGUUUCUCUCCUGAUGGCGCUUCUUUGGUAUCUAGCAGUGAGGAUAAGUCUAUCCGAAUAUGGGAUGCUAAGUCAGGUUAAUAAACAGCCUAAUUUGAAGGUCAUAGUGGUAGUGUAAAUUCAAUAUGCUACUCUCCAGACUAAAUUACAUUAGCAUCUGGAAGUGAUGAUAAGUCUAUUCGUUUAUGGAAUAUUAAGAAAAAAUAAUAGCAAGCCAAAUUAGAUGGUCAUAGUGAUGUAGUUCGAUCUGUAUGCUUCUCUCCUGAUGGUACUAUAUUAGCAUCUGGAAGUGAUGAUAAAUCUAUCCGUUUAUGGUAUGUUAAGACAGGUCAUUAGAAAACAAAAUUAGAUGGUCAUACUCAUUUUGUUAUAUCAGUGUGCUUUUCUCCUAAUGGUACUCUAUUAGCCUCUGGUAGUGUCGAUAAUUCUAUUCGUAUAUGGGAUGUUAAAACUGGAUAAUUCAUAAAACGAUUAGAUGGCCAUAGUUUUGCUAUACGAUAAGUUUGCUUUUCUUCAGAUUCAAAUACAUUAGCAUCAUGUAGCGACGAUAGGUCUAUUCUUUUAUGGGAUGUUUAAAAAAGACACUAAACAGCCAAAUUAGAUGGUCAUAUUAGUGGAGUCCGAUCAGUGUGCUUCUCUCCUGAUGGUACCUAACUAGCAUCUGGUAGUGUAGAUUUUUCAAUCCGAUUAUGGGAUGUUAAGACUGCACAAUAAAAAGCCAAAUUUGAUGGUCAUAAAAAAACUGUAUAUGCAGUAUGUUUCUCUCCUGAUGGUACUAAAUUAGCAUCUUGUAGUGCAGAUAAAUUUAUCUAAUUAAGGAAUGUUAAAGCAGAAAAAUUUCAAGCCUUAUAAAACCCUCAUAUUAAAUAUAGAAGAUCAAUAAUCGUGUCUCCUGAUGGUACUACAUUAGCAUCUGAUAGUGCAGAUAAUUCAAUCCAUUUAUGGGAUGUUAAAACAGGAUAAUACAUAUAAUUCUUUGAUAAUAAUUACAAUGAUAUAUUGGCAAAAUUCAAAUUACCCAUAUUUACAAAUAACCCUCAGAAUAAUAGCAGUAUUUAUAAUUUUAUAUUAUUUAGCCUCCACUUAUAUUACUAUUCUUUUGAUAUCCAAAUAGCUAAUAUUUUAAUCUUACGGGGCUUUAAUCUGGAAAGGAGAAUUUAAAAAUCAAUUAGGCAUAAAUUUAAUAAAGUAAUUUUAGUAAAGAGGAGCUCUCAUCCUAGAGAGUUAAAGAAAAUUAGAAUAAAUAUCAAAUUGA